GGAGGAGGAUCAUGAUUUUCGUACGUUUAAAUCAUUUCAAUUCAUAAUCGAACAAUACAGUUCAUUUUAAGUGUCAGGUAUAACGGGAAUUUAAUAUAAUGCAGAGGUCAGGAUUUUGUUACGUUUUUAAGUAAUCAUUUUGCAAUGAUUUUGUAUCGCCAUGGUAAAUACCUCGUUUAAGUCAUCGACAAGUUACUGUCGUGAUAAGUUAUAAAGAUGGGGAAUGUGCACCAUUGUUCGCCGUGUUCGCUUGUAGGUCGCGACACUGAUUUAAAGGCUCUUUUCCGUCACACCAAGUUGAAGGCAGGGUAUAGAUUAAUCCAGAUAAACGGAUCCGAAAAGGUUGGAAAGUCCAGGGUUAUUAAAGAACUUAUUAGAAGGAUACAGAGUGACGAUGACUGCGAGAGAAAGCUUUUGUAUCAAGACGUUAAACUUGACGUUCAAUGCAACUUUUCCCAAAAGUCGUGGGUCAAAAAUAUGUGCAAGUCAUUUGGAAAAGACUUUCAAGCCGUUGAACAAAAACUCAGCGACCAACGCGUGUGUGAGUUCUUUAAAGAAUGGUUCAUAGAUGUUGUGGCCGAGCAAGACGAGAACGUGCUGUUAUUUCUCGGUAACGUGGACUCCUUUAUGCAAUCACCUCUAAAAGACAACUUUCUUGACUUUCUGAAUAUGUCUCUCAGCGUGUGUUCUAGAUUGCAAAUCGUGCUGACAACGUCCAUUAAGUUAAAACUCACACAAAAGACUGUAAUAGAUCACGAGGUACGCCCGCUAGGGGACGACGCCGUCAUGUGCCUGCUCCACGAAGUGACAAACAACUACUACAAGGACUGCGAACUAGAGGAUCGCGAGAUGCACAACGUCCAUCUACAGAGAGUUGCGAAACUGUGCGAAGGUCGGCCGCAAAUCGCCAUUACAGCUGGUGUGCUACUCUUAGAAGACGAUUAUUUAUUGGAGCCGCGGGAACUGCUCGAACUCAUGAUUUCCUGUCGCCGGCGUUGCCUUAGUCCCUUUAACUGUCCAUCUGACGAGCGAAUGGAAAAGCUGGGUGAAAAUUUUAAGCAGCUGGAUGAAGAGAUACAGACGUGUUUCAAGCGGUUGUCCCGUUCUGGACCGGACGCGACCAUAGCUGAAGAUUCAACCUUUGCCAUUCUCAACAGAGGAAACGAUUCGAUUUCGAGAGUGAAGCAAUUUGUUGUAAAGAAACUUCUUGACCAUAACUUGAUGAAGAGACAGCACGAGGACCGGACGUUCGAGCUCCAUGGUGUUGUGAGGGAAAAUGUGCUCGCUCCAACAGACCCAGAUAUGAUGAACUCCGCCUUAGUCAACAUUAUUCGCGAGGGUGAGAAAUAUCUCCCUUUGAUCAACAUCAACAAAGGAGUAAAAUCAUACUGGUCCCCGGAAAUUUAG